AUGAAUUGUCAAAACAGACAUAACACAGCACAUUUUUUGCCAUUAUCCUUUGCAGCUGAUUCAAUAUUGAAGCGAGAGAAGCGUCUGCGCACCAGGAGGGUGCAUUUCGAGAAUGUGACGGUUUACUACUUCAGCCGGCGGCAGGGCUUCACCAGCGUGCCCAGCCAGGGCGGCAGCACACUGGGCAUGUCCAACAGGCACAGCUGGGUGAGGCAGUACUCACUGGGUGAGUUUGCCGUUGAACAGGAGAGGAUCCAUAGAGAUAUGCUCCGGGACCACCUGAAGGAGGAGAAGCUCAGCUCAAUCAAACUCAAGCUGACUAAGAACGGCACAGUGGAGUCUGAGGAGGCCAACACGCUCACGGCAGAGGACAUCUCCGAUGACGACAUUGACCUGGACAACACAGAGGUAGACGAGUACUUCUUCCUGCAGCCGCUUACCACUAAAAAGCGCCGGGCGCUGCUGCGUACCUCCGGGGUAAAGAAGAUUGAUGUGGAGGAGAAACAUGAACUGCGGACCAUCCGGAUGUCCAGGGAGGACUGUGGCUGCGAUUGCAGAGUCUUCUGUGACCCCGAGACCUGUGCCUGCAGCAUCGCAGGGAUCAAGUGCCAGGUGGACCGCAUGUCAUUUCCAUGUGGUUGUACAAAAGAGGGCUGCAGCAAUUCAACCGGCAGAGUGGAGUUCAAUCCGAUCCGUGUUCGGACACAUUUCUUGCACACUAUAAUGAAGCUUGAACUGGAGAAGAGUCGUGAGCAGCAGCAGGCGCCCCCAGCCAAUGGUUACCGCAGCGAAACCAACGACCUGGGAAGCGGAAAUCCUCUGGUGCAGACCCAGCACAGGUUGGAAUACUCGCUGUCCGACACCGGACCACAGACGGCUGGCGUGCACCUGCAGAACAUGGAUGAAAUGGAGGAGCCGCUGGACGAUGAAGAAGAGGACGAAGAAGACGAGGAGGAAGAUGAGAAUGAAGACGAGGAGGACAGUAGCAGCGUUUGCAGCGGACUCUCUGACUCAAGCACACAGAGUUUAGCGAACAGCGACUCUGAGGAGGAGGAGGAUGAAGAGGAGUCUGAGAACUUUGGGGAUGACGUGACGACCCUGCCGGUGUCGCACAGUGAGGUGGUCCCUCUGUCCUCUGUGCUGUGUUACAGUGACGUCUCUGUGGCACACGACAACCACAUGAAUGGAAACACUUAUUUAAUGAACUCCCCCUCGGCAGAGUACUAUCAGCUGGGGAGCUCCAGUGCCGUCUCCAGUGGCCAAACCAGCCAACCCAGUGAACCCUUUGGGGAAGCCUUAGCAUUCCAAGAUCCAGUCGGCAUGACCAACGGCAGCGCGGCACAAGGGCCGUUCAACGUGGCCGCCGGGCAGUACACGGACUAUUCCAAUCAGGCUGCAGAACAAUACACAGCCAAUCACCACUUCACCCUGACCAACGGUGCUCCAGCCGCCCCUCUGACCUGCUACACGGUGGAUCCAGAGAAGAAGGUGCUGUCCAAGGCGGCGUUUGUGGAGCCGCCUGAAAACCAGAACCAGAGCCAGUUCCAGAACUACCUGAACAAUAACUCCCAGAGUUCCUACAGCUCAUGUAUGACAGCUGAGCCACCACAGCAAGACUCUGGCGUUAACAGACAAUCUGACCUGACCUUACUAGCGAACAGUACUAAGAACCUCCCUUUACCAGACCAUUGCCCCGAGGUCACAGCCAUUUAGUGAGCCACGUGUUCUUAAGUGUUCUUUUCACUGUUGCAACUUCUCUGGAGCCUGACCAAGUUGUGUUUGAAUGGGAACAUAAUCAUGGCCUUUUUCUCUUUAAAUUAUCUGACCUUGCAUUUAAAAGCAAUUCAAAGCCCGCCGGAAAUUUCAUCUGUAACUAUAAAGCCAUAGGAUGAUGGAAAUGGUUCAGAGGAACUGAAGGUUUCUGCACUGCAGCGUGUCCGUAACUAAAAACAGAAAGAAAAAAAAAAUCAAAAUAUCAGUUAUGUCAUGCUGUGCAAUGUAUCAUGUAAUUUAAGAUGUAGAGUUCUAGUUUAAAGCAGAUAUUGUUCUGUAAAUGUUACUUUUCUAUGUCUACUGUUUGUGUCAAAUGUGCAAAAAAAAGGUUUAUUGUCAGUUUAUUUAUUGUUUCUGAAUUAUGU